CGUCUACCCCUACCUUCCCCUCCUCAUCCCUCUCUCGUCGAUCUUCGUUUUCAUCCCUUCGUUCCCAUCCCUUCCCGCAGCUCUUCCUGCUGCUAUCGGGGCUGCUGGCCGUGGCGUGCAACCUGAGCGUGUAUCUGUGCAUCGGCCGCUUCUCCGCCACCACCUACCAGGUGCUCGGCCACGUCAAGACCGUCCUCGUUAUAGGCAUCGGAGUCGUCUUCUUCCACUCUCCGCUGUCGCGGCACAGCAUGCUGGGCAUGUCGCUGGCCGUGCUGGGCAUGGCCAUGUACGGCCGCGCCACGCAAUGUGCACGCAGUAGCACCAACAGCGGCAAAACGGGUGAUUCUUGCACUGGUAAUAGCAGCGGCGGUGGUGGGGGCGGUGGAUGGAAGGUUGGCAGUGGGAGCAGCUUCGUCAGCAGCAGCCGAGAGAGUAUGAGCAGCGGUGGUAGUAAGGAGAUGGGGACAGGGAGGGCAGGGUGCAUACCAGGCGGAGUGGCGUGCUGUGACGAUGGCAUAACGGUGGUGAAGCAUGCAUGGGGCAGGGUGAUGUAUGCAUGGGCGUGGGACGAAGCAGAGCGCUCCUUUGUCCCUGUGGCUGGCAGGACCGCGGCAAGGGGCAUAGGGUUGGCAGCAGGGGUGGGAGGAGGAGGCGGCGGGUUGAUGGUGAGAGCGUCAGCAGCAGCGCCUCAGCUGCGGGUGCCGCUGCUGGGUGCCAGAGACCUGGAGGCAGGCAGGGGAUGA